AAUGCAAGGGAAGGGGGCUCAGUACUCAUUAGUCUUCCAAAGAUAUGAUCAAAAGGCAGAGUUCUUCAUGUGUUCAUGCCUCAUAAAAGGCAGCUGGAAUUUACAGAGAACGCCUGGAGGACUACUCUACUGCCAGAGGUAGACUACGUACUCGGAGACAACCCGAGAACUACAAGCUACAUGGUGGGAUAUGGAAGCAAUUUCCCACAACAAGUUCAUCAUCGCGGUUCUUCCUUUGUUUCCAUCAAGGUUGAUCCUUCAUUCGUGAGUUGCAGAGAAGGUUACAACACCUGGUAUUCGAGGAAGGCCAGCAAUCCAAAUCUUCUUGUGGGUGCAAUUGUCGGUGGACCUGAUGCCUAUGAUAACUUUGCCGAUGAGAGGGAAAAUUAUGAACAGACAGAACCUGCAACUUAUAACAAUGCACCACUUCUUGGUGUAUUGGCUCGUCUUAAUGGUGGAAAUAGCGGACUUAACCAACUCCUUCCAGCAAAGCAGGAACAUCAGAGAAGGCAAUGGUUAUAGGAUUGGGAGGGCUCAAUCUUUUUGGAGUUAUUGUUCUCAGUAGCAUGUUGAAAUAUGUUUUCCUAUUCACCCUAAAUUUUACUUUCCACUUUCUCUCUUGGUUGAUCUUUUAUUCACACUUCUCAUAUCUAUUUGAAGGAAUGUUGCAGUUAUGCCAGGGGGAUUUAUUUCAUUUGU